UGACGUAGAAAGAGUCGCUCAACAGAAAGAGAAAGUAAAAAACGAUAAGCCAUAAGCUUAUUCACUGUCGUCUAUUUACACGACUAUAGCAAACGUUCGCUAAAUGUGAUCAUUUGCUGUAGGACAAAAUAUAGUUUACUAGUUAUUCACGAUGUCUCGGGGUUCAAACGCAGGGUUUGAUCGACACAUCACUAUAUUCUCGCCAGAAGGCCGCCUCUAUCAAGUUGAGUAUGCCUUUAAGGCCAUUGCACAGAGUGGCCUGACCUCAGUGGGCCUCAGAGGAAAUGACUGUGCCGUGGUUGUCACACAGAAGAAAGUUCCGGACAAACUUCUAGAUCCUUCUACUAUUACAAACAUGUUCCGUCUCACACAAUGCAUCGGGUGUGUAAUGACUGGACAUUAUGCUGACAGCCGCUCUCAGGUGCACCGUGCUCGUGUGGAAGCUGCUGAGUGGAAGUACAAGUUUGGCUAUGAAAUCACAGUGGAUAUGUUGUGUCGGCGCAUUGCGGACAUCUCGCAGAUUUACACCCAGAAUGCUGAGAUGAGGCCUCUUGGCUGCUGUAUGAUCCUGAUCGCCAUGGACCCACAGCGGGGGCCUAUGUUGUACAAAUGUGACCCUGCUGGGUAUUUUUGUGGUUUCCGGGCCACAGGUGUGGGUCCCAAACAAACAGAGGCGAAUAGUUACCUGGAGAAAAAGCUGAAGAAAUGUCCAGAGCUCACUUACAAUCGGACUGUGGAGUUGGCCAUUUCCUGCCUGUCAUCUGUCUUAUCAAUGGACUUCAAGUCCAGUGAAAUAGAGGUGGGCAUAGUUAGCAAAGAAAACCCCAAAUUCAGAACUCUAAGUGAGGAAGAGAUUGAGACUCACCUGACAGCGAUAGCAGAAAGGGAGUAGACAGGUGUGCUAGUUGCAUCUGCCCCCAGAAAUUUUAAACCACACCCACAAGAGGGUGGAGUCAGACUGAGCAACGCUCACCUCGCUUUAGCCAGCUGUCCUCUUUCUAUAUAGCUUGUUUUCAGUAAUAAUUUUCUAAAAAACAAAACACACCACGUUGUAGUUUUAUUAAGUGACUUAGGUUAAAUGUCUGUUACCCGUUAAGGAAAACUUGAUGUCACUAACUAUGUGUUUGAUUGUGCAGAUGCGGCCCUUUUUAAUGCAGACUCUGUUUGCCUUACAAAGUAUCACUCAAAUAAAACUAAAAUAAUAAACUGCUUCUAUUCACAUUCUA